AGACAUCUGGAAGCAAGAAAAAGAGCAGGCCUUGCGCAGGCACAGUUAAGUAGGAAACAACAUCAUGCAAAAGCACUGCAAAGAAAACGAAGGAAAGCCCAAAUGCGGUGUGCCAAAGAGGGAGGAAGAACGCCCCUAUGGAGAAUUUGAACGCCAACAAACAGAAGGGAAUUUUAGACAGAGGCUACUUCAGUCUCUUGAAGAAUUUAAAGAGGACAUAGACUAUAGGCAUUUGAAGGAUGAAGAAAUGACAAGUGAGGGAGAUGAGAUGGAAAGGUGUUUGGAAGAGAUAAGAGGUCUGAGAAAGAAAUUUAGGGCCCUGAAUUCUAAUCAUAGGCAUUCUCGAGACCGCCCUUAUCCCAUUUAAUUCAUUUCUCUGAAA